AGGAGAGCGUUAUUGGUGAUCGCCGGUUUAUUCGUGGUAGCUUUCGCUACACCGAUCUCCAAGACAGAUCUAGAUAGCAAUCUAGAUUACUUCUGGCUCCAGUACAAACAAGAAUACAAAAAGAACUACUCCCCGGAAGAGGAACCUCUCAGGUCAGCUGAUUUCAAAUUUAACGGACACUGCAGAUUCAAGAGAAACGAUGUUGGCGCCACUGAUACCGGAUACGUUAAGAUUCUUCCCCAACAAUCAGAGAGCGCACUUCAGGAAGCUGUUGCUAGCGUCGGUCCUAUUUCCGUUGCUAUUGACGCGGGUCAUAAAUCAUUCCAUUUGUCCAAGAGGGGAGUUUACAGCGAGCCUGCCUGCAGCUCCACCAAACUUGAUCAUGGUGUGCUAGCUGUUGGUUUCGGAUCUAAGGGAAGCGAAGAUUAUUGGCUGGUUAAAAAUAGCUGGGGAGAAUCUUGGGGAAUGGAGGGAUAUAUUAUGAUGGCCAGAAACAAGAAGAACAUGUGCGGAAUGGCCACCCAUGCUAGCUAUCCCUAAGUGUAAACAUUAGACAAUCUCACUAGAGGGCAUGUCUAACCAUAUGCAUCAUCCGAAUUUACUCCACAUAAUUUUUCAUGUCGUUGUUUUGUUCUGUUUGAUUUUUUAUC